AUGAAGGCCAUGAAUCCAUUAUUUCCUAAUGGUUUAAUAUUGAUCAAUGUUUCCUUCAGGGAGGGAAACUCACCUGAUCAUCACCAGAACAUCACCUACAACCAGCUGUUGAGAAACGUGUGCCGAUGUGCCAAUGCAUUGAAGCUGUUGGGUGUGAAGAAAGGAGACAGAGUCGCCAUCUACUUACCCAUGAUUCCAGAGCUGGUGUACACGAUGCUGGCCUGUGCGAGAAUCGGAGCUGUUCACUCGAUAGUGUUUGCAGGUUUCUCGUCUGAGUCUCUGUGCGAGAGGAUCGUGGAUGCUCAGUGCAACAUCCUGGUAACAGCAGAUGGUGUUUACAGAGGUGACAAGCUGAUCAAUCUGAAGAAGAUUGCGUCUGAAGCUCUGGAGCGCUGUAAGGAGAGCAUGGCCUCGUGUGUUCAGAAGUGUGUGGUGGUCAAACAUCAUGCCUUCAGAACAAACACUGAUGCUUCCAACAAACUACAGACCCCGUGGGAUGAAUCAUGUGACAUUUGGUGGGAUGAUCUGAUGGACGGUGUGUCAGACGAGUGUGAACCGGAGUGGAUGGACUCAGAAGAUCCUCUCUUCAUUCUUUACACCAGCGGCUCGACCGGAAAACCCAAGGGGGUCCUUCACACCGUCACUGGAUAUAUGCUCUAUACAUCACUGACCUUCAAAUAUGUCUUUGAUUAUCACCAUGAUGACGUUUACUGGUGCACUGCAGACAUUGGCUGGAUAACAGGCCACUCCUACAUCACGUACGGCCCUUUAGCCAACGGCGCCACCAGCGUGCUGUUUGAAGGUGUGCCGGUGUAUCCUCAUGUGGGCAGACUGUGGGAGAUCAUUGAGAAGUACAGAGUCUCUAAGUUCUACACCGCACCCACUGCUAUACGACUGCUGAUGAAAUACGGGAGAGAACCACUGCAGCGGUAUGAUCUGUCCAGUUUGCGUGUGUUGGGUACGGUUGGAGAACCCAUAAACCUGGAGGCUUGGCUUUGGUAUUAUGAUGUUGUGGGUCAGCAGCGCUGUCCGGUUAUUGACACCUUCUGGCAAACAGAGACGGGUGGCCAUGUUUUGACUCCACUUCCAGCUGCUACACCACUGAAGCCUGGAUCUGCUACGUGCCCAUUUUUUGGAGUCCAGCCUGCCAUUCUCAAUGAACAUGGAGAAGAACUAGAGGGCGAGGCGGAGGGAUACCUGGUUUUCCGGAAGCCCUGGCCAGGAAUCAUGAGGGGUGUGUACGGGAAUCAGGAACGCUUUGAAAGCACCUACUUCAGAAAAUUCCCAGGAUUCUAUGUGACAGGAGAUGGCUGCAGGCGAGACCAGGAUGGAUAUUACUGGAUCACAGGCCGGAUCGAUGACAUGCUGAACGUCUCUGGUCAUUUGUUGAGCACAGCAGAGGUGGAGGCGGCUCUGACCGAACACCCAUCGGUGGCUGAAGCUGCGGUGGUCAGUCGGCCUCAUGCAGUGAAGGGAGAGUGUCUGUACUGCUUCGUCACUCUGAAAGACCACAAAGAGUUCAACCGCACGCUGAUGGAGGAACUAAAGAGAAAAGUGAGGGAGAAGAUCGGACCAAUCGCCACCCCAGAUUUCAUCCAGAACGCUCCAGGGCUUCCCAAAACCCGUUCAGGUAAGAUCAUGCGAAGAGUUCUGCGACAAAUCGCCCGCAAUGAAAAAGACCUGGGUGACCUUUCGACCCUGGCUGACCCCAAGGUCGUGGAGGUGCUGUUCAGCCAAAGAUGUGAGGCGGCAGCGUAAAUUCAUCUAUGAUCCAUCCCUUUUGAUGGCUCUGUGUGUCAGCUUGUGUGUGGUAAGGACUUUGGGUUUGGGUUAGAACGGGCUCUGGUUCUCCUAGAUCAGAUCGAAUGGGGUGUAACUCCUUUCGUGAAUCAGGUAAAACAAACAACAAUCACUAACAAAGUGUUUCAUGAAACCUCACCCCUGGACACUAAACUUCUCACUUCAGUCAGAGUUUCAUUGAUUUUUUUUUUCUGUUCUGUCAGGGGAUAUAUUAUGUAAAUAUUUUUGGUUUGUUUGUGAUGUUUUUCAGUGCCACAAAAAUUUAUUUACAUUUGCUUUUAAUUACAUCCAUAAUUGCAGUUUCUCUCACUAAAUUAUUUCAUAUCAUUUAAACAAUUUUUAUAGUAGACAACAGGAGAAUAAAAUCACUUCGUUAUUUCAUUUCUCAAAAGAGAUCAGCAAUAUUAGAAAUUUUCGUUUUGAACUUUGAACCUAGCAGGCUUGACUGUUUU